AUGCCGAACCCGACCAUAUGUUCGCCUGAGGUCAAUUACAAUGCUCCACAUGGAGAGCCACAAACGACCACGGCGCGCCGGUCAUCACAAGUCCAAAAACGGGUGCUUGACCUGCAAACCGGCCGCAAGUGUGAAGGCCCUGUGAUUAACGAGAUCCAUUUCAUCAAUAGUCACCAAGAUAGUCCGUCGAGCUCGUCGAACACUCCAUCAAGAAGGCUCGUAUUCUCAGUCGGAACGCCACCACAUGCCGAGGCUGAACGCCGUAAUUUCCAUUUCUUCACCAAUUUCGCAGCACCGCUUUUCGCAGGUGCAGUGGACGAUAGAUUCUGGACAGAACUGGUUCCACAACUCGCACAGACCUACAAUUUUGUCUGGGAUUCUGUUGUCUGCUUGAGUUCAUUAGUCGAACACGCCCAGCACACGCACACGCCUUCGUCGACUGCAUCCGACUCACCCCCAAACCCUUUCGAAAUCCCCAAUCGACACCAUCAGCAGGCACUGAGGCUCUACAACCGAGCCAUAUCGAGUCUGCGACAACUAGCAGCGCGCGGUCAGGUGAACAGCUCCAUCAUCACCCUGAGCUAUAUACUAUUCUCGUCGGUCGAGUUCCAGCAAUGGAACGUAAAUACCGGUAUUCAACUGCUGAAAAGAUGUUGCGCCAUAUCGAUCGAAAACCUCUUCAUCGACAAUCCCGCUAAAGACUCAACUUCAAGCCUGGCGGUCCAUCAGGUGGUCACACCUUUCGUAUUGCGGAAGGCCGUAUUGACGGCCACAUUGGGCUGCGCUCUUCCGCUGCAAUGGCCCCCUGACGAGGGGACCAGCCAGAGCCUGAACAAGACACUAUCUCGAUCACCGGCGCUUGCAGAAGCCAGAUCCCAAUUCUACCUCUUGGUGAAUGACUCGUACGAAGUAAUACGACUCGCGGACUUCAUGCCCCAUAUUGCCGACAGUCACCCACUAAAGAAGACAUUUACAUCUGACCGCGUAUCGCUGAUGGAAAGACUAAUGCGGUGGAAAGCCUUAACAAUCAAUAUUACCACUUCACCACACGAUCCAGAAAUCGACUGGAUGCUAUCCUACCUCUUGAUGUACUGGGCCGUCUGUUACAUCUACCUAGCCACCUGCACCAGCACGCGCCAAACUCCAUUUGACGAGCACAUGGAACGCUUCGCCACGAUCGUCCAGCAUGCACAGAACUAUCUCAGACACACGUCCAACUUGACCCGGAUCCGUCUCCUAGCCAGCGUUGGCCCGGGAGCGCUUCCACCAUUAUACUUCUGCGCGAUGAAAUGCCGCGAACCACGACUGAGGAGGGAAGCGCAGAGACUCAUGCCUCUGGCUCCUGCUCAGGGAAACGAGUGGGCGUUGGUGGAACCGGAGCGCGUCGUCGCCAAGAUCAUCUCGCUCGAGGAGGGAGAAGGACAAGCUCGACCCGCCACGUCACCAGGCCCAGCAUCAGUCACCGAGCGCUUGCCUGAUCUGCCGCCGGAGGAACGACGCUUCGCAUUCGUCAGUGUCGUGCCCCGACGAGCACCAGGCGGCAGACUGAGACAGGCCCUUGAAUUGAAUCGCUUUGAAGAAUCGGCGGUCAGCGGCUCGCGACGCCUGAUUAGUGACUACGUCUGGUUGGAUGAUGAAUAUACUUAA